AAGCUGAGCUGUGAAUAAACGUCACUACGCCAAUACCGGUCUCUUGCUUCGUAUCUAAGCCGAAAUCCCGUAAUCCGCCAUAACCACCAUACAAAUCCCCACUCCGAGCUUCGCCAAUAAGCUCCGCCAUCACUACAGCAGCAUAGCAGGUUUGUCUACGGUUUGACGGUAAUCUGAAUCCGCGAAAAUGGUUUCGUUUGAGAUGAACGAUCGAAAAAAGAUUGGGCUAGGCUUGACAGGAUUCGGAGUGUUAUUUUCAUUCAUUGGAAUCAUUUUCUUCUUUGACAAAGGGCUAAUUGCCAUGGGAAAUAUCCUCUUCGUAUCAGGGGUUGCCAUAACGAUUGGUCUGAAGCCAUCCAUGCAGUUCUUCAUGAAACGUAGCAACUAUAAGGGAACAAUGUCGUUUGGUGCUGGCUUUUUCUUGGUUGUCAUUGGAUGGCCUAUAAUAGGGAUGAUUCUUGAGGCUUAUGGCUUUGUUGUACUUUUCAGUGGGUUCUGGCCAACAUUGGCAGUUUUCCUGCAAAAGAUUCCUAUUGUUGGUUGGCUCUUUCAGCAGCCUUUUGUCAGAUCGUUCUUUGAUCGUUACCGGGGAAAGCGAGUACCAGUAUAAUAACUUUAAAGGAUUGUGAAGUGCAGCCUCAAAGUGUUUGGUUCAGUGUAAGGACUAAGGAUUGUGAAAUACAGUGUUGAAGUGUUCCACUCAACAGUAUGAUGAUUGAUGACAGUAAUAGUCUUGUUAGAUGAUAAUAUAGGCACACGGGCUAUUUUAGUGCCUCACCUUUAGAUUCAUAGUUGAUAUAAGCCAUUUUUUGAUUGACUUGUAAUCCUUCUUUGCAUCAAGAAUUAUUUGUAUCAGAUUUGGGGUUUAUCCGUGCUAAAUAGUAAAUAGUCUUUUGGUGUUUGCUGGUAACAA